AUGCCUCCUCCUCUUCCCAACGAGACUCCUUCCAACGAGCUGCCAUCCGGUAACCUCAUUGACAUCACCAUCGCACAAGUCAUUUUGAGUCUCAGCCUGGUCCUCCAAAUCAGCUGGGUCGUCCUUACGGUGGUGAUCCCAUACGGCAUUUCCUUCAUCAUCGCCUACUUGAUACCUGUGUCUCUCGGUCUUCUGGCAUUAAAAUGCUUCGGCCAAAUAUUGAAAAAAGAUCUCGAGACCUUCAUCCCAACUGUCACACUGGUUACGCUAUUCGUCCACAUCAUGCUCGUCAUCCAAGGUUCCCAGGCGGCAAAAGACCUUACUUUUUGGACCACAUGGUUCCAGCCUCUCUUCGUGAGUGUGCUUGCGCUGUCGAUUUUGGUGUUUGGGGUCUUUGGAUUCGCUCUUGGGUGUUACCUAGCGCUGGAGGCGUAUCGCGGUGUUGCGAGACGGCGGGCUAGUUAUGCAUCCAGAGCAACACCGUCUGCUAGUGUUGAAAAAGAUGACCGGGUGUAA